AUGGAGAGAUCUAGAUCGAAGAGGAACUAUCACUAUGUCCAGGACUAUGAUGGAGAUUCCAUGGGAAGGUCCAAACCUCGCUACAACAAUAAUUAUCACUUUAGCGGCGGCGGCGGAGGAAAUAAUAGAUACCGUGGCGGUGGCGGUGGCGGCGGAGGUGGAAACGGCCGGCCAUCGAAGUCUCACCCGGAAACGAUGGCAACGACGACCUAUCGUGUCCUCUGUCAUGACGCCAAAGCAGGAGGUGUCAUCGGAAAAUCAGGGACGAUUAUAAAGUCUAUAAGGCAACACACCGGCGCGUGGAUUAACGUGCACGAGCUAGUUCCCGGAGACGUCGAGCGUAUCAUUGAGAUUUCCGACAAUCGUCGCCGUGAUCCCGACGGUAGAAUGCCGUCUUUCUCCCCUGCUCAAGAGGCUUUAUUUAGUGUUCACGACAGGAUUCUAGAGAGCGAAGCUCUCCAUGGGUACGGCGGACCUCCGCCGGAAGAGGAGGAGGAUUACGGUGGAGUGAGACCUGGAGGAGGCAAAGUGGUGACUAGGUUAGUGGUUUCGAAGAUGCAUGUUGGUUGCUUGUUGGGUAAAGGUGGGAAGAUUAUCGAGCAAAUGAGGAUCGAAACUAAGACUCAUAUUAGGAUUCUCCCAAGGGAAAGUAACUUGCCUCGUUGUGUUUCCCAAGCUGAAGAAGUUGUUCAGAUCGUAGGUGAACAGAAUGCAGUAAAAAACGCUUUAGCUAUUGUAUCAUCGCGUCUGAGAGAGAGUCAACAUCGUGAUCGGAGUAAUUUCCAAGGGCGUAUACAUUCACCAGAACGUCCCUUUCCACCGGCUGAUGAUUAUAUCCCACAGUCAAGAAGACAAUCAUCUGAUAGAUUUUCUCGAGCCAAUUAUAGAAAUAACAGCUUCAACUCUCGCCAAUCUAACUAUGCAGCGGAAGUUCCAGCAUUUCCAGCUGGUGAGAAUUCACAGCCUUUCUACACGGAAGAGCUUGUGUUCCAGAUUCUCUGCCCAGUUGACAAGAUUGUUCGGGUUGUUGAAGAAUCAGAAGGAAUAAUAGAUUUGCUUCAAAACGAGAUUGGCGUGGACAUGAGAGUAUCUGAACCUGUUGCUGGAUCUGAUGAACAGAUAAUUACCAUUUCUUCAGAAGAGGCUCCUGAUGAUCAACUUUUUCCUGCUCAAGAAGCCUUGUUGCACAUUCAAACUCGGAUCGUAGAUCUUAUCCCGGAUAAAGAGAACUUAAUAACAACGAGAUUACUUGUCCCAUCUAGAGACUCAGUAUGUUUGGAAGGAAAAACAGGAUCAGUAUCUGAGAUAUCGCAAUUAACUGGUGCAAGCGUACUGAUCCUAGCUAGGGAAGAAAUUCCCGGUUCUGUUUCUGUCAAUGAUGUUGUUGUACAGAUUGCUGGUGAGAUCAGAGCAGCUCGGGAUGCACUUGUUGAACUAACCUUGAGAUUGAGGAGUCAUAGGUACAAGGAACUCUCUCAAAAGGAGACACCGCCGGGAUCCACAUCAACAACUGGUCCUCUUGAAGGUGUUGCAGGAGUAAUUGAGGUAGCUUCAUCAAAUAACACAACUCAAUCCCGUGAAGGUCUUACCGGUUCCAAUCUGAAUUUGCAGCAAGUUAGCUCGAUCGCUCCACAAUUUAAGGAAGGUGGUGGAUCAGUUGCAAAGGCAGCUGAAAGCGAACACCGGGAUGAGUUUCCUGUCACGACAAGCAGAAUGUCGGUGCCACUUGUUACUAGGAGCACUCUGGAAGUUGUCUUACCAGACCAAGCUAUUCCUAAGCUUGUCACGAAAUCAAGAAACAAGCUUGCCCAAAUCAGCGAGUGGUCUGGAGCUAGUGUAACCUUAGUUGAAGAUGGACCUGAAGAAACACAGAAUAUCAUUAGAAUUUCGGGUACACCCGAGCAGGCUGAGAGAGCACAGAGCUUGCUUCAAGGCUUCAUUUUGAGCAUACAAGAGGAUGGGCCGUGA